GCAGUGGCUGUUCUCACCUUCUACCCCAUCAUUCUUUUAUCGUUACCUCCUAUAACUUUUCUCAGAGUUAAAUUUAGCGCAGUUGCGCAACUCCUGGUCGCUGUGGUGCAGGACUACCCACUGCUAAGGCAGUCGACUUCACCAUGGCUCCGAAGGACACCUUCUUCCGCUCGUCGGAUAUGAGCUUGACGCAGCUCUAUAUCGCGAACGAGAUCGGUCGUGAGGUUGUUAGUGCUCUUGGUGAGCUAGGCCAGGUGCAGUUUCGGGAUCUCAAUCCCGAGACAAACGCUUUCCAAAAGACGUUUACGAAGGAGAUUCGGCGGUUGGAUAAUGUGGAGAGGCAGCUUCGUUACUUCCAUGCGCAGAUGGAUAAGGCUGGAAUCCAGAUGAGGCCAUCGUCGGAGUUCUCGGAUACGCUCGCUGCCCCUUUGGCUUCGGAGAUUGAUGAGCUUGCUGAACGCAGCGAGAGCUUGGAGCAGCGCAUCGCUUCGCUGAAUGACAGCUACGAGACUUUGAAGAAGCGCGAAGUGGAGUUGACCGAAUGGCGCUGGGUUUUGAGGGAGGCCGGGGGCUUUUUCGACCGUGCUCACACCCAUACUGAAGAAAUUCGCCAAUCCUUUGAUAACGAUGAGGCGCCGCUUCUCCGAGACGUCGAGCAGCAGAACCACCGUGGUGCGAACGGCGAUGCGCAGGGCCAGCAGUCGUUUCUCGAACUGAACAUCGGUUUCGUGUCUGGUGUUAUCCCUCGCGACCGAAUUGGUGCUUUUGAGCGUAUUCUCUGGCGGACGCUCCGUGGUAACCUCUACAUGAACCAAGCUGAGAUCCCGGACCCCAUCGUCGACCCGACCACCAACGAGGAGACGCAGAAGAUGGUUUUCGUGAUCUUUGCACAUGGAAAGAACAUUAUUGCAAAGAUCAGGAAGAUCUCGGAGUCCCUUGGUGCUUCGCUUUACAGCGUCGAUGAGAACAGCGAACUGCGUCGGGACCAGAUUCAUGAGGUUAACACGAGGUUGAGUGAUGUCAACAAUGUCCUGCGGAACACGAAGAACACUCUCGACGCGGAGCUUUCUCAGAUCGCUCGCUCCCUGGCCGCUUGGAUGAUCAUUGUCAAGAAGGAGAAGGCCGUUUACGACACCCUCAACAAGUGCUCGUAUGAUCAAGCGCGAAAGACUCUUAUCGCGGAAGCUUGGUGUCCCACAAACUCUCUGUCGUUGAUUAAGUCGACUUUGCAAGAUGUCAAUGACCGUGCUGGUCUUAGUGUUCCUUCCAUCGUUAACCAGAUUCGCACGAACAAGACGCCGCCGACUUAUGUACGGACCAACAAAUUCACCGAAGCGUUCCAGACCAUUGUCGAUGCGUAUGGUAUCUCCAAGUACUCCGAGGUCAACCCCGGCCUGUACACUGUCGUCACGUUCCCCUUCCUCUUCGCCGUCAUGUUUGGUGAUUUCGGUCACGGCUUCCUAAUGGCUUUGGCUGCUGCCGCCAUGAUCUUCUGGGAAAGGCAGCUCUCAAAGACAAAGCUCGACGAACUGACGUAUAUGGCUUUCUACGGUCGCUACAUCAUGUUAAUGAUGGGUAUCUUCUCGAUGUACACUGGUCUCAUUUACAAUGAUAUCUUCUCCAAGUCCUUCACCGUCUUCUCGAGUUCCUGGAAAUGGCCUGACAAUAUUGAACAAGGCCAGUCUGUUGAAGCGUCACUCAAGGGCAGCUACCGGUUCCCCUUCGGUCUAGACUGGAACUGGCACGAGGCCGAGAACAGUCUGCUGUUCACCAACAGUUUGAAGAUGAAAAUGAGUAUCAUCCUUGGUUGGGCGCAUAUGACCUAUGCUCUUAUCCUGCAAUACGUCAAUGCUCGCCAUUUCAAGUCCAAAGUCGACAUCAUCGGCAACUUCAUCCCCGGCAUCAUCUUCUUCCAAUCCAUCUUUGGUUACCUUGUUCUUACUAUCAUUUACAAAUGGUCCGUUGAUUGGCCGGCUAGAAACCAGUCACCCCCUGGUCUCCUCAACAUGCUCAUCUUUAUGUUUCUGUCCCCUGGAAACGUCGAAGAGGAGCUCUAUCCUGGCCAAGGCGGUGUCCAGCUUUGCCUAUUGCUCCUUGCCGUCGCACAAGUCCCCAUUAUGCUAUUCUUCAAGCCCUUCUACCUUCGCCGCGAGCACAAUCGUGCCCGCGCCCUCGGCUACCGUGGCCUCGGCGAACAAUCCCGCGUCAGCGCCCUGGAUGAAGACGGCGACCUCGACGGCCCCCGUCAAAGCACGGCAAGUGACGGCGAAGGCGUUGCCAUGAUUGCCCAGGACCUCGAAGAAGAGCACGAGGAGUUCGACUUCUCCGAAAUUAUGAUUCACCAGGUCAUCCACACGAUCGAGUUCUGCCUCAACUGUAUCUCCCAUACGGCAUCCUACCUGCGUCUCUGGGCGCUCUCUCUCGCGCACCAACAGCUCUCUAUUGUCCUCUGGGACAUGACUCUCGGCACCGCGUUUGAUCAAGAAGACGGCACCAUUCGUACCAUCAUGAUCAUUGUCACCUUCUACAUGUGGUUCACUCUGACUAUUGCCAUUCUCUGUGUGAUGGAGGGAACCAGUGCCAUGUUGCACUCGCUCCGUCUGCACUGGGUUGAGGCCAUGAGCAAGCAUUUUAUGGGCGAUGGUAUACCAUUCGCUCCAUUUAGCUUUAAGACCCUACUGGAGGAGGAUCCGGUUGAUUGAACGGUUUAGAUUAAGCUGGCUUGGCUCUCGCAUUCUUUCUCUCUUUAUAUUUCCUUUCUUCUUGUCGAGGUCGAUGUAU